AUGAAGGGAUUGAUAUUAGUUGGAGGAUAUGGAACAAGAUUAAGGCCAUUAACCUUGACAGUUCCAAAACCAUUAGUUGAGUUUGGUAAUAGACCAAUGAUUUUACAUCAAGUGGAAGCAUUAGCUAACGCUGGGUGCACCGAUAUUGUUUUAGCUGUUAAUUAUCGUCCAGAAGUCAUGGUAUCUACAUUGAAAAAGUACGAAGAAGAGUAUGGAGUUCAUAUUACGUUUUCUGUUGAGACAGAACCUCUUGGAACCGCUGGGCCAUUGAAAUUAGCUGAAGAAGUUCUUAAGAAAGACGAUACUCCUUUCUUUGUGUUGAACUCAGAUGUCAUUUGCAACUAUCCAUUUAAAGAGCUUGCAGACUUCCAUAGUGCUCAUGGCGGUAAAGGUACGAUUGUUGCUACAAAAGUGGAUGAGCCAUCGAAAUAUGGGGUUAUUGUUCAUGACAAAUACAAGCCCAAUUUGAUUGACAGAUUUGUUGAAAAGCCAAUCGAAUUUGUUGGAAACAGAAUUAACGCUGUUAUUGAUUUAAUUGAAUUGAGACCAACCUCUAUCGAAAAGGAGACCUUCCCAAUCUUAGUUGAAGACAAAUCGUUAUACAGUUUUGACUUGGAAGGAUACUGGAUGGAUGUUGGACAGCCAAAGGAUUUCUUGAGUGGAACAUGUCUUUAUUUGACAUCAUUGUCGAAAAACAACUCGAAAUUAUUGACAUCAAACAGUGAGAAAUUUGUCCAAGGUGGUAAUGUUAUGAUCGAUCCAAGUGCUACAAUUGGAGAAGGUUGCAAAAUUGGGCCAAAUGUGGUUAUAGGACCCAAUGUUGUUAUUGGUAAUGGUGUCAGAAUCCAAAGGUCAGUCAUCUUGUCGAAUUCUAUUGUUAAAGACCAUGCCUGGAUCAAAUCGACGAUUGUUGGAUGGAAUUCAGAAAUAUAUGUUAAUGGUGGUAAAGUGUUGCCUCACAAAACGAUUUCUGAGAAUGUUGAAUCAGAGAGAAUUAUUAUGUAA